AUGCUCAGUCUCAGCAGGAGAACAGCUCCCAGGACAGUCACCAUAAUCGCAGCGGCGGCGGCGUCGUCGUCGUCGGCAUCUGCGUCCGGGUCUGCGUCGACCGCUCCCGCCGAGUCGACGCCCGAGGCGCCCGCACCGUCUCGUCGGAGACGUCGACAGGAGCAGCCCGUGGACGGUACUGUCGACCUUGUUGCGCCACCCGACCCGCUCUCCAACAUGCGCCCAGUGCUCUACGCCUCGCCGCACCGCCGCCCUUCCAACUCGCCUUACAGCGCGUCCGAGUUCCCGGCCUCCAUGACGGGCAAUGCGGCGGUGCAGUCCGAGCGCGAGAUGGCGUGGACGAUGAUGCGCGAGCGCGUGGACAUUGCCAACCACAGGUUCUGGAAAUGCCAUGCGUGCCGGACAUCCUCGUGGCCCAGCGUCCACUCGUCGCCGCCCACAACCCUCAUCUGCGACCCAGCGGUCAACGCCCAGCGGCCUCCUCUGCUGACACUCCAGGCGGUCUCCAACGCCGAAUUCCAGGCCCAGCGUGACUCCCGCCUUGCGGCGCUCCCGCCUGCCUCGGACCCACCGACAAAGGAAGACGAGGCGGCGCGUGAAGCCGUCCUGACUCAGUUCUACCGCGACUGGCAGAUUGGCACGCGUGACCGCCAGCGCGCGUGGGUCAAGCAGUGGUGGAGCGACGUCUGGCGCGGGAUCAAGACACAGGCGAGGGUGUAUGUUGGUCGCUGGGUUUAA